AUGUGCGACGGAGACUGCCGUCCUCUCGGUUUCCUCUUAGGUCUCCCCUUCGCCUUCCUCUCUCUCAUUCUCUCCAUCGUCGGCGUCGUCAUCUGGAUCGUCGGAUUGACGUUAUCCUGCAUAUGUCCUUGUUGCUUAUGCGUGACCAUACUCGUGGAGAUCGCAUUAGGGUUGAUCAAAGCCCCAAUUCAUGUCAUGGAAUGGUUCACAUCCAAGAUCCCUUGUUGA